AUGAUAUUUUCGAUAGUAUUUUCACUUCUUUUUGGCACAGUUACGCUUCGGCAUGGAAAACAGGAAAAAUCUCGUCGACGAGAAGCAGAGGCAGAAAAUGACGAUUUGAAAAGACGGCUUCAAGCGUCCGAGGCGGAGCGAAAAGCACUUGAAUCAGAGUUCAAAUCAAAAUCCGAGAGAAAAGACGAUGAGCUUCAGAGGCUCAGGGCAGAACUUGACGGGCUCAAGAAACUUAUGUCGGAUGAUCUUCAAGUCGCGGUCGACUCAAUCGCCACCAGAGGACCUUAUAUAAAUAUAGACAGUCCACUUACCGAUGUUGAAAGCCAAAUUCUUCAAGCAAUAAAGAGCAAUCGUGACAAUGAACUCCUCUAUAAUUACAUUCCGAACCGGAAGUACGGUCUUCCAAAGCGCUCUCAAGCAGAUUCCGAAGAAAAACAAUGGUCAGCAGUCGAUAUUUUCGUAAACGAGGACACUCCUCAAGAGUCGUACUCGCAAGGUUAUCUGAAUGACAAUCCGUCCGAGCAUUACGAAGACGAGAAUUUCGACGAGUUCGAUCAUGAAUACGUCUAUUUCAACAAAUCGAACACACCAUCUGGCGGGGACAUCUAUAUUCGGCGGCAGAGUCGCGAGUGCGAGACGAUCAUGGAAGAGGACGAGCACGAAAUGGUCGAGUUCCUCUCGACAAGAACCUCCAACGUCGCCUCCUCCCUCGGCCAUAAUCGAUCGCCGGAGAUCAGCCCUGCCAACACAGCCGCCCGCUUCUUCUCAAGAAAACAACAGCACCAAAACAAUCAACAAAACCAGAGCCCCUUCAGAGUUGUAGAAAUGCAUCCUGCGCAGAAGCUACCGGAUGAUAUGAGCAUAGUGGAUUCGCAAACUGAGAAAACUCUUCGCGACUAUCCCUUCUACAACCAAAUCAAAUCGCAGGUGAUGCACCUGCCCAUCGAGCUCACCAACUCGGACUGGUCCGACGAGGCGAAGUUCUGCGACGAGCUGCGCAAUCACGGUGCUCAGGCCGCCACAAAUCAGAGCCCGCCCGAGCAAAGUCGCCGGAACGACUUUCAAAAACACAAAAUCCAGCCCGCGGAUAUUUCUUACGAGCCUGAACCAUCGGAAGAUGAUUUCGCCUUCCCGCCACCGCCAGAAAAAGAUGAGCCUGUCUACAUUCGUCCGAGCUUCCCGGAAAAGAGGAAUUCUCGGACGAGAAGGGCUAGAAGGGACAAAUACACGCCACAAAUAGCUAAAUUCAAAAAUGAGUCGGGCAAAAUUCAAUACGAGAAUAACCAGACACCUCUUGCGACGAAACGGGCUUACGAUCAAUCUGCGUAUGGGCAAUUUACACGUUCCUCGCGGUACCAAAGCUUCCCCAACUAUCCACGGUAUCGGCAGCCGGCCCGUCGCUCCGCCAAAAGUCAACCACCUCUCGCGACCUACUGGCUCCUCGCCUUCCUCCUGUUCAUGCUUAUGUUCAUAUCCCUCUUUCCACUGAUGUUCAUGUGA